AUGCUGAACCCGUCUUACGAUUUGCCUAGCAGAAAAGUUAUAUCAAAUAAUUUAAUUCCGCAAUUGUAUACUUCUGCUGUUCAAGAAAUAAAAAAGCAAUUAGAAAUUCCUGAAGCAGUUACAUUAACUACGGAUGGAUGGACGUCUAUAAACAAUGAGGGAUUUUUGGCCAUAACCGCUCAUUUUAUUGAUGAGAAUUGUUUAAUGAAAGCAUUUUUAUUAGAUUGCUUCAUCUAUUCAGAGCGACACACGGCAGUAAAUCUUGCCAGUGAAAUUAAAAGGGUUCUUCUAGAAUGGAAUAUACAAGAAAGUCGUAGCUAUUGUAACAGAUAA